CAGCAUCCCGUCUGUCGACAACCACUCUUCCACCUCGACACCUACCACCGCCCCUGCGAUAGUCAUUGCGCUGCAAGAUGUCCUUGUCAUGCUAGCGCGCCCAUUGACAACAUGUUCGACACUUCAUGUCCCUUCUCGGCGCCCCGAAGCACGCUGUCACGACCAAGUUAGCACCAUGGACCUGCGCCAUCCCACAUCUAUUCCCUCGAGGAGCCCGCUCUCAUUCACCAUCCCUCAGGCAUCGCGGUGACACUGCGCCCUGUCUCGAGCGAAGACGAAGGCAGCAAAGUGCUCCGACGCUCCAAGACUGCUUCGUUGCUGCUUUGGUCCGCGCCGGCUCAAGCAAGCGGUGCCUGCAUCUUCCCUCUCGCCCUAGCGCACCCGGCAUCGCAUGCGCAACCCCAUUCUCACAGCACCGCCGAGCUUCUCCAUCCACCCCUAUCCGCCGCUUUUCCUCCACGCACACCACCAAGCAGCAAGCCAAGCUUGCAGCCUUACGGCAAGAAGACCGCCCCGAAGAUAUGGAAGAGCACUCGCCAGUCGGGGCGUGGAUACCUCGAGCAGCAUACCGCGAUGUUGGGACCACCUACGGCCAGUCUUUUGAUACCCACCACUACUCUGCCCACCCGCCGUCCACUUCGACUUCGACUUCCACCUACUUCCCUCUCGCCCCUCGCUUGGUCUUAACUCCCGAACAGGAGGCUCGCCCUGACCAUGCGCCGCGAGAUAUCCUUCCUCCCAUCGAUGCGCAGCACGCUCAGCAAAUCGAAGAGCUGUGGACCAAACUACGCGUAGCAGGAAGGUCGUAUACUGACCGGAGAAGAUGCUGGAUACUAUACCAAGCUUUGCCCUCUCCUCGGCCUCGAUAUCUCGAAGACAAGUUCUUGCGCAAAUUACUUUACAUUUUGGGCUUGGUGGAGUUCAAGACCCUCGUGAAUUAUGAACGCUAUUUCUCCGUCGUAGACGAGUGGCUCGCGGAAGGCGUGCCGCUGACGGUGAAGGAGUGGAACAAAGCCAUUAGCUUCGCAGGCCGAUGGGUCCGAAGGUCUUCCAACCACGAACUGCGCACGGCGGUGGAGACUUGGAUGAGGAUGGAGAAACAAGGGGCCAUCCCGAACAAAGCGACAUUCAACAUCCUUUUCGACGUUGCUGUUCGCGCAGGACGCUUCGCACUUGCGGAUACCAUUUACAAAGAAUUGGCGGCACGAGGACUUCGGGAAGACCGAUACCUCCGAACGGGCCUGAUUUUUUAUGCUGGCAUCCGUGGGGAUGGUGACGCUGUGCGCCAGGCUUUUCGGGACCUCGUCAAUGCCGGGGAGAUUGUCGACACGGCGGUGAUGAACUGCGUCAUGCGAUCACUCAUCCUCUGCGGAGAAAUGGCGAGCGCGGAAGAUGUGUUCGACAAGAUGAAGCUUCUACAUCACACCAAAUUCGGGGUCGAGGGACCUCGCAACUGGCGGGAGAGGAGGUUGUUGGGCAAGCAUCUCGAAAAGGUUGCUUAUGAAUUGCAAAUGGAGAGAGAGGAGCACGAGGCUUCCUUCUUUGGCUCUACAUUCUCGACAGAGUUGAAGAAAGAGGAGGCGCAGCGUGCCGCGCCUAUCCAUCCAAAUGACCGGAGCUAUCAGAUCUUGAUCCAACACCAUGCGCAUCGAACUGGCGACUGGGAGAGGGUAUGCCAACUGAUGGCAGAGAUGCGCGAGGAGGGAUGGCACGUGCACGGAAAGAUCUACGUCGCCAUCUGGUAUGGCUUUUGGCACCACGGCGGGUAUGUGGAAGCGACUUGGAGCAGAAAGCGGCUCGAGGCCCUCUGGGAGGAGUUCCUAGGCAUUGUCCAAGCGCCGCCCAAUCCCAAAUACAGCCUGCACGCAUCCGACCUCGAGGCGGAUGAGGGCGGUGAAGAGGAGUGGGAUGCCGAAGCCGCGGAUGUGUCCAACGAGCAUCUGCCGCCAUACUUCACGCCGCGCAUGGCCAUUGCCAUUCUCUCCGCCUUCUACCGUUGUGCAGGAGCGAAACGAAUGUUGCAGGUCUGGGAGCAGAUUCAGCACAGAUGGCCGGAGAUGAGCGCGCAGGAUGAGGCGCGCGUGCAACGAGUAGUGCGGAGAUUCAGAGCUGAAGAUGACAUGUACAUAACAGCAGAGCAGUGAAUGGAGUGAAGCAAAAGUGAACAAAGA